AGCUAAACACAAUGAUAUAGUUACCAUGGCUUUAAAAAAAUAUACUACAGCUGUGGAUAUCCUGUAUGACUGUUUGGAAAAGUAUGCAUGUAAACCAGGAAUUAAAAAAAGAAGAUUGGACUAUGAUUCAUUUCUUGAAUCUACAAUUCGCAAUUUAAAAAAUGUUAUCUCUAAAACAUUCACUCCACAAUUAAUGGUUGCGCGUAGUCGAGGAUUUAUUUUAGGUAACAAUACCGGAGAUUUUGGGAAGUAUUGUUUUGCAGCUUAUUAUACUUUUUUGAUUACCGAAAAUAAUGGUAUUUUUUUUUCAAAAACUGUAGAAGUAAUAAUGCAUUUAAUAACAUUGAAGAAUCUACCUCGUGCUAAAACAACACUAUACACUUGUUUUACAAACAAUAAUUUAAUUGAUUUUAUAAAAAAUCGCAGAUCUUUUGAUGAAUUUUUAAAUAGAUUAAGGAAAAGAAUUAUUUCUGCCGAUAUCCUACCUAGAAAUGCUCAUGACGAAAUAAUUAAAUUCUUAAAUGAAGAUUUAUCAAAUUUUACAAAUGAAAUAAUUAAUUGCUCCACUAGUUUUUAUUCAACAUUGUUUGAAGUAACAGAACCUGAAAUAUUAGAAAAUGAAAACGUGGAUGAUCUUGUGUUAAAAAGAUAUGAUGUAGCAAUAGAUAUUCUGUAUGGCUGCUUAGAAAAGUAUAGAUGUUAUUCAGCAACUCGCAAAAAAAAACUGAACCAUGACUCAUUUCGUGAAUCUACGAUCCGUAAAUUAAAGGAAGUUAUAUCUAAAACUGCCACUCCCCAAAAUAUGGUUAACUAUGUUCGAGCUUUUAUUUUUGGUAAUAAUCGCAGUGACUUUGCAAUGUAUUGUUCUGCAGCAUAUUAUACUUUAAUGACUUUAGAUGAAAAUCGCUCUCAACCAUGGUUUGUCAAAGGUGAGAAGUACUUAAAAGCUCUUAAAAAUCUUUUUCGGUUUCCCCAUCAAUUGUGAUUUGAAAACCUGAACUUCUAAUAAAUUUUAAUAAGAAAAAUUGAAAAAAAAAAUAAAAAUUUUAUUUAAAUAUUUUUAUUGUUGGUGCAAUCAAAAUGGAAGAGUGGGUCGUAAAUCUGCUUUUCAUAUAAUGAGCGAUGAUUGAAUUUUUUAGUCAUGCAUAAUGAUUUUUUUGAAAACUAUCUUUAUUUUCGCUUAUUUGAAUAGCGAUUCAAAUUAAAAAUAUAUGUUGAGAAAAGAAAAGAGGACAUCAUUAUUUUUGAAAUUAUAACUUCCCCCAUGAAAUUAUUUUUUGGUUGCGCCACUGAUAUUGAUUAAUUUUAUAUUUAAUUCAUAAUAACUCAUUAUUGUAAUAAGAUUACAGUUCAAAAUAUAAUUUUGGUUUUGUCAAUCGAUACAAUUUUAUUUUAUUUAUUCCGUUAAACUUCAUAAUUUUAUUGCUCUAUUUUUACUAUUUAUUACUCUAAAGUUUAAAAAUAUGUU